ACAUUCUUGCUGUGCUUACCUGAUGUCGAUUUUGGGCAACUAAAACGUAGUUUUUCAAAAGUCACAUCUUGUGUGUUAAGAUAUUGAUUUUCAAUAAGGAAUGAAAAUGUCGCAAGUACCCACAGUGAAUUGGGUUAAAUGUGAGCUACAGUGAUAUUUCCUCAUUUUUAUAUUUUUUGUGCUUUAUGAUAAUUUCUCAUCAUUUUGUAAAAUGAAAUCUGAUUAUUGCUGUGUUAUUUGUUAUCACUUUAUCAAGAGUGAUGUCAUUACUGUUUCACUUCCUCUGUUUGCAAGGAUGUCUUCAGGGAUUGGGCCAUGGCUUUUCUAAAAACUAAACAAGAGACUUCUCAGCCCAUGUCAGAUGUCUUCUUCAACUGGACUUCCAACUUUGUACCCAAACUAAAUGGCGUGCACCCGACUACGCAGUAGACUCUCAAUUGGAGGAGGUGUUCUUCUUAUGUCUGCAGCUGUUUGUUUUGCCUGGUGGAGUGAUAACAAAACAGCUCUUGCAACAAGUCCAGGAAUCUCAGUCAAUGAAAAAGCGGACACUAUCAUCCACCAAACCUCCUUGAGCCCACUGCUGAGAUUACUGUCUUUUAUGUUCUGUUUGAUUGGAGGAUUCUUGCCUCUUUUUGGCUUCCUAUGGUUUGUAAAAGUGAACAGGCAAAUGUCCAGUGGAUACAGGCAAUGGAAUAGAUCAACCUCAUAUCCCAACACCAUGGAACAGAGAGCCAACUAUAGGCACAGUGAUCCUAAUAACCUACAAGCCUGUUUGUACAGCCCGCUUUGUGAGGAACUCAACUGCACAUCAGUGAUGAUGAUGCCAACUAACAGCCUUCUGAUUCCAGUGGCAUCUGAAGACCCAGCUCUGCCUCCAUCAUAUGAAAAGUUAACAGGCACUGGCAGGAUUCAACUUCUACCCUGCUCACACGUCCCAUCUAACAGUGCACUCCCACAGAGGGAGCAAAUUCAGACUUUGCAGAAGGAAGAACUUAGACCAGGCUCUCUAACAUCAGCCGCCAAUAGCAUCCCUCCACCCAGUUACAACAAUAUCCAUUUGCAUGUUUGAUGAUGUCCAGAAGACCAACAUUUUCAGUGGCCAUGAAUACACCAUUUUGAACUUCUAAUAGAGUAUUCUUUUCACUUAGAAAUUCAAUAAGGUUUCUUUUUUACUUCCUAAGUUAGGUGUCCAUGAUUCUAGGUUCUUUUGCUUUUUUUUUAAACAGGUAAAGCUGAACCAUCACAUUAGGAUAGUUGUUCUUCACAAUUUCUCAGUUAAGCAAUGGAAACCACCAUUGCCAAUACCAAUGUAGCUUGGGGUUCUUGUAUGUAUAAUGUGUAUGUUGUCAGAACAUAAGUAUUGGAAUUCAACUGAUGUAGAGCGAAUUAGAUUAACUUUUUCAGAAAUCUGUAUGCAUUUUCUGCUGUUCUAAUAGCUAGUUGUGAAGAGUAUGUAAUGUGAAACAAUUUAAUUUUAAGUUAAUUUACAAAUGUUCCUAACUUCAAUGGAUAAUAUAAUUCUAUCCAUAGAACCUAAAAUGUUAAAUGUUUCAUAGGAAUACCUCUUUAACCAUUCUUCUUAGAACAUGAAAAAAAAGUUGUUCCACUUCUUGGUGGCAUGAUGAUGAAAGUAAAAUAAGAGAUUCUUGUCAGCUCACUGUGAAUCUUUUAUUUAAAUUAAUUUUAUUUUACCAUUCUAAUGUUCUCUUGUAUUUUACC